UUUGUAAUGUGUAGAUUAGAGCCUGGGAAAAGGAUCUGAGCAACAGUGUGAGAGUGUUAGGUCAAUUUGCUCUUUGAAGUGGACAGAUUUACUGACCAGGAACGUUCACUGCUUCAAUCAUAUCUCAGACUUCAAGAUUUCACUGAAUGCUUACAUGAUGAAUCAAACGGCUUCUGUAUCCCACCAAGUGAAAUGUCAGUCUACAAAGGCAAUUAAGGAGAUAGGAGGUGCAAGCCCUCCACAAAGAAACUGGAAAGGAAUUGCGAUUGCACUGCUCGUGAUCCUUGCUGUGUGCUCUCUCAUCACCAUCUCGGUCAUCCUCUUAACUCCAGAUGAUACUUCAAAAACAGCAGAUGCUCGACUAUCCUUGGAUGACUUGUUCAGAAUAGAGUUCACUAUACAUGACCCAGAAGUGAAGUGGAUCAAAGAUGCAGAAAUGGUAUAUCGGACCAGAGAUGGGCAUGUGAUCAAACUGAAUGUAGUUACAAAUGAAACAACUGUAUUGCUGGAAAACAGCACUUUUGUGAUUUUUAAAGCAACAAAAUACUCUGUGUCUCCAGAUCUCAGAUUUGUCCUUCUUGCAUAUGACGUCAAACAGGUCUAUCAUUACUCCUACACUGCAUCAUAUAUUAUUUAUGACAUACAUACCAGGGAAGUGAGAGAACUGAAUCCCCCAGAGGUGGCAAAUUCUGUGUUACAAUAUGCAGCAUGGGGCAUAGCAGGACAGCAGCUGGUCUAUAUCUUUGAAAAUAAUAUCUACUACCAGACUGAAGUAAAGAGCAGUGCCCUGCGCCUCACCUCAUCAGGAAAAGAGGGGAUAAUCUACAAUGGCAUAGCAGAUUGGUUAUAUGAAGAAGAGCUGAUGCAUUCCCAUGUUACCCACUGGUGGUCGCCAAAUGGAGAACAACUGGCAUUUCUGAUGAUAAAUGACACUUUGGUACCAAAUAUGGCAAUCCCACGGUUUACUGGUAAUCUGUACCCAAAAGGAAAACAGUACCCUUAUCCUAAGGCAGGACAAGCCAAUCCAAUAGUGAAGCUGUUUGUCGUGAAUCUCUAUGGACCAACUCAUACUCUUGAACUGAUGCCACCAGAGAAUUUCAAGUCCAAGGAAUAUUACAUCACAAUGGUAAAGUGGGUCAGCAAUACAAAGACUGUCGUAAACUGGCUGAACAGACCUCAAAAUGUUUCCAUCCUUACUACCUGUGAAAUUACAACUGGGGCUUGUUCUAAGAAACAUGAGACAGUGUCUGAACUCUGGCUUUCUAAACAGUUCUGUUGUAUGACCACAAAUCUGAAAUGGUUAAUUGGUUUCUUUCUCUACAGAUGUCCUUUCAUCCCCUUGCAACCUCCCUUUCUCACCCAUGUUCAGCCUCUUCAGCCAAAAAGUGAACUGAGUAGUGUGCGUCACCUGACAUCAGGAAACUGGGAAGUCACACAAAUCCUUGGAUAUGAUGAAGUUCAUCAAAAGAUAUAUUUUCUAAGUACGGAAGAUUCACCAAGAGGAAGACACUUGUACAGUGUACACACUGUUGGAUCAUUUCAUCGCCAGUGUCUUUCCUGCACUUUCCAUAGAGAUAACUGCACUUACUUCAGUGCAUACUUCAGCCCCAGUAACGAACACUUCACACUGCACUGUGAAGGUCCCAAUAUACCGAUGGUCUCAGUCCAUAGCACAAGCAAUCCAAACAACACCUACAUACUGGAAGAUAAUGCUGUUCUGCAUGAUUGUAUCAAAGGAAAAAGGAUCCACAAACCAGAAUACAGGGCUGUUCAUAUUGCUGAUUAUGAGCUGACUCUGCAGUUGCUGUAUCCUGAGAGCUUUGAUGAAAACAAUCAAUAUCCUGUUCUGCUGGUUGUUGAUGGAGCCCCAGGGAGCCAGGUGGUUACUGAUAAAUUUCGGAUUGACUGGGAUUCAGUACUUGUCAGCUCUGAUAAUGUCAUCCUUGCUCGCUUUGAUGGCCGGGGGAGUGGUUUCCAAGGGCUUAAAAUUCUGCAGGAUAUCCAUCGAAGGUUGGGAACAGUGGAAGUCAAAGACCAAAUUACAGCAGUACAAUCAUUAUUGAAGCUACCAUUUAUUGAUGCAAACAGAAUAGGUGUUUAUGGGAAGGCAUAUGGAGGCUAUGUCACAUCCAUGAUUCUUACUUCCACUGACAGAAUCUUCAAAUGUGGAGUUGCAGUAGCACCAAUUACUGACUGGAAGUUGUAUGCUUCAGCAUUCACAGAACGAUACCUUGGAUUACCAUCACGAGAUGAAAUCAUUUAUCAAGAAUCUAGUGUAUUACAAAAUGUUAAUGAAAUCAAAGAUGAGAGUUUCCUGAUUAUACAUGGCACUGCUGAUGCAAAUGUACAUUUUCAGCACACAGCAGAGCUGAUACAACACCUGGUGAAAGCAGAAAGAAACUAUACCCUACAGAUUUACCCAGAUGAAGGCCAUUUUAUUACAGCUGAAAAAAGCAAGCAUCAUAUGUACAGUGCUAUCCUCAACUUUUUCAGAGAGUGCCUCAAGGAAGAAAUACCUGUAUUACAGAAAGAACCAGAGGAUGAUGAAUAAAUUCAGGAAUUCUUUAAAAAGGAACAAGAAAGAAAACUCAAAAUAUACUAAAAACAAACCUAAUAGUACAGAACUCUCAGAACCCAGCAUUAAAUACCACUGUUGGUGGAAGUGCAGAAGUACCAGGGCAGCUGCAAGAAAUUUACAGAAACAGCACAUUAGAGAUUAUGAAUCUGAUGACUGGCAAAAAGGAUUUGAAUUCAUGUGCCAGGUCCAGGAUUAUUUUCAAAGGAACAGUAUUUAAACAAUUUUUGGAAAUACAUCGACCUGUUAGCACACUUUUAGAGAAAGUCAAAAUCACAACUGUGCAAAUGCAUGUGUAUUUUAUUUGGCUCCACUGCUGUAUAUGUUAAUACUUGUUGACUGGUAACAACAUUUAAAGAGGACACAUUUAUUUUCUUUUUAAUUUUGUAUUGUCAUUUGCACAAAAAUGAUGACAUAUAUUAUGAUGUGCACCCUUUAUGUCAGAAACCAGACAUUGUAGUUCGCAAAUUUAAAA